AUGCUUUCUUCCUUCCUGCAAGUGGCAGCAUUCGCUGCCACGGCUUCGGCUAUUGUACAACCACUCAACACAACUAUAUUGGGCUCAUAUGGACACUCGCCUGCAGUCUAUCCAUCUCGUAUGUUUCUCGAGAAUCUUCAAAAUCCCAUUCGCUAACAUUUCUCUAGCCAAUGCAACUGGUGUCGGUGGUUGGGAGGCAGCUUUGGAAAAGGCCAAGGCGUUUGUUGCACAAUUAACGCCUGAAGAAAAGGAUAUUAUGGUUACUGGAACUCCUGGACCUUGCGUUGGAAACAUUUAUCCAAUUCCUCGUGUUGGAUUCCCAGGAAUCUGUCUUCAGGAUGGACCACUUGCUAUCCGGACCGUGGAUUUGGCAAGUGUGUUCCCAGCUGGUGUUUCCACCGCUCCAUCUUGGGAUCGUAGCUUAAUACACGCUCGUGGUGUUGCCAUGGGCGAAGAGUUUAGAGCGAAGGGAGCACGAGUUGCACUUACGUGAGUGAUUGAAUCCAUACCUCAAACCCAUUCUAACAAUUCAGGCCCGUCGCUGGUCCUUUAGGUCGUUCAGCUCUUGGCGGACGAAACUGGGAAGGGUUUUCCCCUGACCCAUAUCUCACCGGCGUGGCUAUGGAAGAGUCUAUCAAGGGAAUUCAGAGCGUUGGUGUUCAAGCAACAGCAAAACAUUUCAUUGGAAACGAGCAAGAAACACAACGUAACCCAACCUUCCUGGCUGACGGAGUGUCGCACUUGCAAGAAUCGAUAUCCAGCAACAUUGACGACCGCACAAUGCAUGAGUUGUACUUAUGGCCUUUUGCUAACGCUGUCCACGCCGGUGUCGCAUCCGUUAUGUGUUCAUACCAAAGACUCAACGGUUCUCAAGCUUGUCAAAACUCCAAAGUUCUGAACGGCCUGUUAAAGGGAGAGCUUGGGUUCCAAGGAUAUGUCGUUUCUGAUUGGGGCGCAACUCACUCUGGUGUAGCUUCCAUUGACGCAGGUCUGGAUAUGGACCAGCCUGGUGGAUUUGGAUUGUAUGGAAAGGUCUACCCUAAUGGAGGAGACGGAAACUUCGCCAAGAACGUCAGCAUUGCUGUUGCCAACGGUACUCUAGCAGUUUCUCGUGUGGACGACAUGAUCGUCAGAAUCAUGACCCCAUACUACUUCCUUGGUCAAGAUGACCCAGAGUUCCCAACUGUCGAUCCAUCCAGCGCAGACCUCAACACUUUCCACCCACAGAGCGUUUACCUCAAGGAGUGGAAGCUGGAUGGACCAAGAUCCCGCGAUGUUCGUGGCAACCACUCUGUGCUUAUCCGGGAGAUCGGUGCCCAGGCGACAAUCUUGUUAAAGAACGUUAAUAACACCCUUCCGCUUGCAAAGCCGCUUUCUAUCGGUAUUUUCGGUAACGACGCUGGUGACCCAACCCAGGGAUAUCUCAACCAAGACAACUAUGAAUACGGAACUCUCGUUGCUGGUGGUGGUUCCGGAACUGGUCGCUUGACCAACAUUGUUACUCCUUUGGAUGCUUUCAAGGCAAAGGCCAAGGAGGAUGGUGCUAUCAUUCAAGCAUAUUUGAACAAUACUCUCCUUGCCACCGCCAACAUCUCUACUCUCGUCAACCCAACUCCCCCAGAUGUCUGCCUUGUUUUCCUGAAGACCUGGGCUGAGGAGGCAGUUGACCGUAAGUCUUUGAAUUCUGACUGGUCUGGUAACGAGGUUGUUGAGAACGUUGCCGAGCACUGCGCAAACACUGUUGUAAUUACCAAUUCAGCUGGAAUCAACAACCUUCCUUUCGCCAACCACCCUAACGUCACCGCUAUCUUGGCUGCUCACUUCCCGGGUGAGGAAUCUGGAAACUCCAUCGUGGAUCUCCUCUACGGUAAAACCAACCCCUCUGGAAAGUUGCCAUACACCAUUGCCCAAAACAUCGGUGACUACAAUGCCCCUCUCAUUGAUUCCAUCAACACCACCGGUAUUGAUGACUGGCAACUUUAUUUCGAGGAGAAGUUGGAGAUUGAUUACCGUCACUUUGAUGCCAAGAACAUCAGCGUCCUAUACGAAUUUGGUUUCGGUCUCUCAUACACCACAUUCGAGGUUGCUGACCUUAAGAUCAGCAAACUUGGCGAUGCAAUUCCAGCGAGUGCUCCAGCACAAACUGCUAUUCCAGGUGGAAACCCAGCCCUUUGGGAGUCCCUGUACACUGUCACCGUUAAUCUCAAGAACACCGGUUCAGUUGCCGGUGCAGAGGUCCCACAAUUAUACAUCUCCAUGCCAGGAUCCGCACCACCAGGAACCCCACCAAAGCAACUCCGAGGAUUCGAGAAGGUCAAGCUUGAGGCCGGUGAAUCACAAACCGUGUCAUUCACCUUGAUGAGAAGAGAUUUGUCUUACUGGGAUAUCUUCUCCCAGGGCUGGAUUAUCCCAACUGGUGAGAUUGGGCUGUCUGUUGGAUUCAGCAGCCGAGACCUGAAGUUGAGUGAUGCUAUCACUGUUGUUUAA